GUUGGGGAUCGUUGCAGAAUGGAUCUGGAGAGAUAUCAGUGCAAAGCACGAGUGAGUGGGGGCUUGUAACAACAACAACGGCCUACUUAAAUCACAAUGGCGGGGGGGAAUUAUGCGUGGCAUUUGCCAGUGUCACACAUUUGUUCCGUGAACGUACACGUCUCAAUAUUGUACAAUUUAUUUCGUACGUUAUUCUCUAUUUUUAUUGUAGGCCGACAGUGCUGUCGUUGCGUACAGUGUCCAGUUUGUGCGUGCAUUUGUCGGUCUUGAGAUAUUCAUUUAGUGUCAGGUGCGGUAAAUUGACGCAUCUGUCUCAUUCGAAUGGUUCAUUGUAGAAUGUUGGGGGCAGGUGCGCCCGCGGCUUUCCUAGUGAAUGAUAAAGGUCGCUGAAAGGGUUACGGUUUGGGAUGUUGAGCUGUUCGAGAUUUCGUGGUCAUACGAGGCAUGCUUUCGCUUCCGGGCGAGCGGUCAGAGAUGUUACAGAGCGCACGGUGAACAUCCACAACGAUAGACCGAGCAUCGAUGCUUCGUGCAGGCAGGAUGGAGGAGUUUGUUACGGAGGAAGAUGAGCCAUGGUACGACCAACGGGAUUUGGAGCAGGAUCUGCACCUGGCAGCUGAGCUGGGGAAGACCCUUUUGGAGCGCAACAAGGAGCUGGAGGACUCCCUACAACAGAUGUACAUCAACAAUGAGGAACAGGUGCAGGAGAUCGAGUACCUGUCCAAGCAGCUGGAGAUGCUGAGGGAGAUGAACGAGCAGCAUGCCAAGGUCUACGAGCAGCUAGACGUGACGGCCAGAGAGCUGGAGAUCACCAAUGAGAAACUGGUUAUAGAGAGCAAGGCCUCGCAGCAGAAGAUAGACAGGUUGACGAGUACCAUGGAGACACUGCAGGCUCAGGUGGAUACCAUGACAGCUCGUGUGGAGGAACUACGUACACUAGAGGAGCUGAGGGUCCACAGAGAGAAGCGGGAGCGACGCAAGACUGUCCACUCCUUCCCCUGCCUUAAAGAACUCUGCACUGCACCAAAGUAUGAGGAUGGCUUCCUGGUGGCCAACCCCGGCAGUGUGGACCUGGUGUCUGAGCGUGAGCGCCGGCCGCUGGACGAGGAGAACGAGCGUCUAAAGGGUGUGGUCUCCUCCCUGAGGUCCGCCAUGGUGGCAGAACGGGGCCGGAGGGAGGGGGCAGAGAGGGAGUGCACAGCUGUGCUGCAGGAGUUUGAGCUUAUGGAACAACGCCUCCUGGGGGCUGAGGGCUGCCAGCUGCGAGUGCAGGAGCUGGAGGCAGAGCUACAGGAGAUGCAGCAGCUGAGGAGGUCCCGGCUCUGUCUGUUGGAUGAGGGUCUGGAGCAGACCCUGCUCAACAAUGCCCCCGAGACCGACACACCUGAGGGACCGGAGCAAAAGGAGGGAACGGGGGAGUCCGGGGGGACAGGAGGGGGGCAGCAGGGAGGCCCAGUGAGGAAGAGCUGCAGCGACACGGCACUCAACGCCAUCUCGGCUUGCGACGCCUCUGGCAGGCGACAGGGCAGCUACGCAAUCCACGCCAAUGGCGUGCGCAAGCGGGGCAUGUCCAUCCUGAGGGAAGUGGACGAACAGUACCAUGCCCUGCUAGAGAAAUACGAGGAGCUGCUGGGGAAGUGCCGGCGCCACGAGGAGAGCAUGUGCCACGCGGGGGUGCAGACGUCACGCCCUGUCUCCAGAGACCCCUUCAUGAAGGACUACGGCAUGGCCACGCCCGGCCCCUCAGCCAUGGCUGCUGCACCCCCCACCCCGCCCCAGACCCCCUCCACCCCAGAGGCCCUGGAGGGCAUCAGCCGGCAGGUAGACCAGGUGGACAAGAGGCUGGGCCAGCACACCCCAGAGUACAAGGCCCUGUUCAAAGACAUCUUCUCCCGCCUGCAGAAGACCAAGAGUGAAGUGAACUCCAAGGGUAGAAAGUCCCCAAGGGUAGGAAGUCCUAAGGGAAAAAAGUCCAAAGACAAAUGAGCUGCUUUCGUGAUUCUACUGAACACGACCUCUCCUGGUACUACUGAACAUGCACUGAAAACAAUGGGUACAAAAGCCACAGGCGUUUUUUCUUAAUUUGUUUCUUUGUUUGACUGUGUUUUUUCAAAGUGAUCACUUGAUGUCUUAAUGACAGGUUACCUGUACUUCUGCACUGGGGAAAUGAUUCAAUCUACUGUGGAUGAUCCCCUCUGCUGUUUUAUCCCUCUCUCUGGAUACUGCCACAUUUCACCCAUCCCAAUAUGAAUGAAUUGUACAUCUGACGACAUUCAUCAUCUGGGUAGAUGAAAUGCCUUGAUUCUUGACCUAACUUAAGAUAAUUCAUGACAACAUAGUUCUGCCAUAAAAUCUGUUUGACCCGUCUUUGGUCAAGACAAUCCAGUACAAUGUUUAAAUGACUGAGCGUGUAUACUGAGACUGCACUAAUUGCUAUUUAAUGUUUUUGAUGACUGACAAUGAAUAACAUGGCAGCGCUAUUCAUAAAAUGUGUUUUCAAUAACAAUCUAGUUAAAUAUUCCUAAUGUUGUCAAUGAUUAACACUGUUGCCUUAACAUCUUAGGCUUCAUGUAUGCAUCUAUCCAACAUAUUGGUUUUGAAGCCAGUAGACUUCAAUUGAGGGAGCCCAUGGUACUCAAGUAGUAACUUGUUCUAAAAUAAAUACUGUAUGUAAACCAUCA